GAUUGCUUUGCGUCUUUACUAUAGAAGCAUUAUUUUUUGCAAUAAUCUAAGUUAAAUCUACAUUUUUCGAUUAAUAUAUUUGUUUGAAGUUACUUUACAAACUACAGUCAUUAUACAUUAAAAUCGCGAAUAAAUUGUAUUGGUAUAUAGUAUAUAUACUUUAUAAAUACAUUUUGUUCACGGCUUGAGUUCAUUGCGAAUUUGUGAAGUCUCCCAAUAUGGGAAAGAGAUUUGAAAUAUUUUAGUGAUAUUAAUUAAAUAUAAAUCAUACAAAUGAAAGACGAGCGCACCUAGUGUACUUCUUGACAGUUUUUGUGGUGCCUAAUUAUGGUUAUGAUUGCGAGUCGAAGUAUUGAGAAAUAUUCGGCGUGCUGACACCGUAACAAAUUCGAAAAUAUGUAAAUAAACAUGAACGAUAUAGAUAUUAAAAUAGUGGAUUCACCGAAAGACCGGUUAGUGGGAGCUGAGGAGUCGCCCUUACCGGAGAACUCGGGUGAAAAUGAAGUUGAUCCAUUGUGCAUCGACGAAGAAAUGAGCUCCGCAAAAGAGACAGAAGAAACCGCUGAUAAUAAAGCGGUAACGAAUGAUGAUGCGGGUAACUGUGAUGAUAAUGCCAAAGAAGAGAAUUUAAGCGAAAGUCCAAGCAAAGGCGGUGACUUGGAAGAGCAACUGGAUGAUGUAAAAGAAACUGCUAAAGAAGACACUGAAGUUAUUCAACAAGAGAAUGCAAAACCCCCAGAGGUUGUUGAAAUCAAAAAUGAUACAACGGAAGCUGAGGUAGCAACAAUUAGUGAAGAAAAAGACCAGCCAUUGGUAGAAACGAAGAGUAAAGAGGAGAAGAAACAAGAGAGAGAGGCGGAUGUUGAAAUGUUGGAAGCGCCAACAGAGAAGGUAGAUAAGGAACCAAAAAGUACUCAGCCUGUUAAUGGUGAUAUUAAGGAGGAACCUGUAAAGCGGCGUUCUAGCGAAGACGUGGACACGGAGUCGCCUCUAAAGAAACUGUGCCAAGAAGUCGAGAAAACUUUUCCACAACACGAUAUUAUGAUAAACGAUUACAUACAAACCGCAACAAAGAACAACGUGGACGAAAUACAGAGGCAUACGGAGCAACUGCUCUCGGAGAUACAAACGUUACGCGAAUUAGCACAAAAGAAGGAACACGAAUGGAACAAUAUAUUGCAUCUCAAGAAGGUCAAAGAGGAAAUUCUACUGCGGCUCCUGAGGCGAAAACAAGUGCUAGCAUUCGAGAAGUCUGCGGACAUCAAUGGCGCGGAGAGGACAGAUCCAUUCGACUAUCUAAACCAAGCCAAGAAUCUUGCUAUAGAUAAAAGUGAUGAGAUAUCUGGUUUAGCGUUAAAGCAACCGGGUUCAAUCAAUCCAAUGAUGCAACCCGUGAUGCCAGUUACAACGCAUUUCAAUUUGAUGUCGGGGUUGCCACCGCCGUAUGACAAAAGUGCGCAUAUGCAGCAGAUGUCUAAACCGAUGUUCCCGCAAGGGCUCAUGAUGCCCGGUCCAUUACCAGGUUUCCCUCGAGAUAUGAAUGGUCAGUUACCAUCGAGUUACGGCAUGCCGAUGGGUCGUCAAGGCCCAACUAAGGAUGUGAAGUCGAUAAUAGCAGAUUAUAGGCAGAGGAAUCCUGAUAUAGCACCAAGAAGAGGCAGACGUAUGAAGUCGAUAGUGAACCCUAAUAUCAUGAACCCAAGGCCGAUAGCGCCGAAAAUGGAUAAUGUCAAUAAUCUAGGAAACCUCAAUAUGCUGUUCAAUAAUUUGGAUAUGAACCAAAAGGCGAUGCUCGAACGCCUCCAGCAGAUGCAAGUGGGCAGUUUACCCAACGGGCUGUCAUUCAAAGACGUUCUCGUGCAAUUCGCGAACAUGCAACAGCCGGGCAUGAUGCCCAGCAGGAUGGACAUGCCCCGGCCGGAGCACAUCAGGCCUGAGAGACGGAGACCGGAGAGAAACGAAGAACACAUACAGAAGCAAGCGGAGAGGCUGGCAUCGCCGAGUCCGAGGUUGCCGCCGCCACCGCCGUACCCAGAAAUAUCACUAUUGCCCGUCACCACCAGUCAGGAUACGGGUCAGAGCCAGCAGAAUUCCUUGCUGCAUGGGAUAUUGACUAAGCAGGCGUCCCCUGCGUCUCAGAGUUACUCGCCGACGUUGGCAAAACUGCUUACGUCACCGGACGGAACACAGAGUGCACCACCGUUGCCAACUUUCGGUCAGGCCAAGAAUUGUGGUGAAAUAACGAUAACACCAGUGCAGCCGACACCCCCGCCGCCGGAACCUCAGGCACAGGAUAAGGCGGAAGUUGUUCAGUUGGACGACGAGGAGAGCCCCGCGUCCGAGGGCGAGGCGGCCGGGUCCGGCGGGUCCGGCGGGUCCGGCGCGUCGGGCGGGUCCGGCGCGUCCGGCGGGUCCGGCGGGUCGGGCGGGUCGCCGGGCGGCGCCGGGCGGCUGGUCAUCGACGAGGCGGCGGACGACACGCCGCUGUGCCAGGGCUGCCGCGCGCGCGACGCGCAGUUCGUGUGCGCCGGCUGCGCCAACCAGUGGUACUGCAGCCGCGAGUGCCAGGUGGCGGCGUGGGACGACCAUUCAGAAAUGUGCUCCGGUUGAUCGGGCCUAAGUUAUUUAAAGUAAUUAAGUUAGAACAAAUAGGAUCGCGUACUCGGGCGGUAGAAUUUGCCUUAUAAUAUUUAUAUUGUAUCGUAUUGUCAUUAUAUACGGACGGAUAACAUGGAACAAAGGAUGUUACAAUAAUUGUAUAUAUUUCUUAUGAAUUAUGUCUGGCUAUGGUAUGAAAAAAACACAUCUUUUAGUUGAGUUUUUUUUGUCUUUGUUGAGUGAAUACCUAAAGACUCUGGUCAAAUUUUUAUUAAUGAUAUGUGAAUUUAGGUAUAAUGCUUAUUGAUUUAUCUAUAGUAUGGCCAACUAAUCGAGAUAGAAAAUGUAAACAAAUUAAUGUCAAAACGGAAUGCUUCUAACUUCUGUACCUGUACCAAGAAACACAUAACGACAAGAUCUGUUGAGCCACAGUCAUAGUUGUAGUCAUUUUUUAUGUUAUUCUGGGCAAUUGAACUGGUGAAUCGCCUGAUGAUAAACGCUACUAUCGCCCAUGAACAUUUGCAGAGGCGAAAGGUCGAUUGCGGACCUUACGCCUCUGCAAAUGAUUUGGCCGGCCUUAAAUUCGAAAGGGAUUCAGAAAGGAUUGGGAAGGAUAAGGAAAAGUAUAUGGGUCUAGAUACUAACGGAAUAUUCUCUCACUAUCGCAGUUUGUUUUACACUUUUUAUCGGGUCUCGUUGGCCGUGUUGUAUGUAUAUGUAGCCCGUCUGAAUACAAUGAAAAUACAAGGACUGUUAAUUAUGGGUGAAUCUCUCUAGGAUACAAUGGUUCCUCGCGUAGUUGGGUGCGCGAUUUCGCGUGGUAAACUUUAGUUAUUUAAUUAUAGAGAAAAUUGUUCUUAAAAA